AUGGACGCACAGUUUUUGUCAGGCAAAAAAAUCAUUGUUGCAGGUGCCGGCAUCUCAGGUCUCUCUUUCACUCUCGCCAUUCGACAACUUUGGCCAGCUGGUCUAGAACCUCCACACGUUGUUAUUUAUGAACGCGAUUCUGAUGCUGUGACUCCUGGGCGAGAAGGAUACAGUCUAUCUCUCGCUGGCUUCGACGAGACCGGUGGCCUCUAUGCAGCUCGCGACCUCGGAAUUCUGGACGAAGUCCUUAAACACGCCACUCAGGGACUAGGGAAUCAAUUUGUCUUCAAAGUUAUGAAGUUCAAGCCAGCAGCGGGUCUUCCUACUGCAGGCAUCCGAAUUGCAAGGAAGAACCUCCGAAGGGUCUUGACCAAUGCUGUUGGACCCGGCCGUAUUAAGUGGAAUACUGCAUGUGUGGAUGCAGAAAGGCUUCCAAAUGGGGGGUUUCUAGUUAAACUCUCCGGAAAUGAUAUAGCGGCAGAUAAGACGACGACUGAGUGCGAUCUACUCAUCGUUGCAGACGGAGCAUCCAGCAAAAUUAGGUCAAAACUCCGACCAGAUGACACGCUGCAGUACGCUGGAGUUAUGCAGAAAGGUGGCCUGGCCAUUUUCCCAAACGGCAUUCCACAGCCUGUUGACAAAAAUUGGGGAAUGCUGCUCUCUUCUGGCAAAGUAAUGGCCUGUUUCUUGUCACCGUACGACGAGACCAGCGUUGCGUGGGGCAUGAGCUAUCGUGCCUCAACUAUUGAGGAGCCUCUGAAGUUAAGCGGUCUCGACGAUGCCCAAAAAGUGAUAGACGAGUGCAAAGAGCUUGGAAAAGAGUUUCCUGAGCCCUUCCAAAGCAUUAUCAACGCAACAGACCCUAAAGAUGUGUCUCGACUAGCUGCUAGGGACAAACAACCUUUCAGUCAUGAUCUCUCUUUAGGACCAAUCAUAUUUAUUGGAGAUAGCAAUCACGCAGUUAGCCCACUUUCCGGAUAUGGUGCUAGUCUUGCUCUCAAAGAUGGCUGGGACCUUUCAAUACAAUUGUGCAACUCCAACUCUCUCGCAGAAGCGGUUAAGGCAUAUGAUGCUAUAAGUGUACCGAGGGCCAACAAGGUGCUCAAAGAAUCACACCAAACGAUAGAUAUGGGCCAUGCGACUGGUCUGAAUUAUUUAGUCACUAGAAGUCUUUUGAGCAUCGGAGGGUUUGUUUUAGGAGUCAAGGAGGCUAUAAGCUUCACAUAG